GCAGACAGAGCGCGGCUGUCCGCGGACGGCUGGACACUAGACCCACCAUUCUCCGUGCCGAGCUUUUGGCGUCUUCCGGGCGGGGCCGGAAGAGGAAGUCGCCUGUGCCGUGGCGCCCCUAUUAGCAGCAGCGGCCUUGCGAAGCCCGGCGUUCCGCCACCAUCUGGCCGGUCUGUGGAGGCAGCGUAGCGGCAGGAUCCGAGCCUUCCUACGCGGAACCGAGCCGCCGGGAACACACUUCCCAUGGGACUGCAGUGGCGGCUUCCCUCGGCCGCGGCCGUCCUGUUCUGGGGCUUCCUGCUGCCUCUGACAGCUUCUCAGGAAGCAAUCCUGCAUGCAUCUGGAAAUGGCACACCCUUAUCAUCUAAGGACUACUGCAUGCUAUAUAACCCUCAUUGGACAGCUCUUCCAAGUACCUUAGAAAAUACAACUUCCAUUAGUUUGAUGAAUCUGACUACCACACCUCUAUGCAACCUCUCUGAUAUUCCUCCUGCUGGAAUAAAGAAUAAAGCUGUUGUGGUGCAGUGGGGAACCUGCCAUUUUCUUGAAAAAGCCAGAAUUGCACAGAGAGGAGGUGCUGAAGCAUUGUUGGUUGCUAAUAACAGUGUCCGAUAUCCUCUCUCAGGGAACAAAUCUGAAUUUCCUGAUGUGAAAAUACUGAUUGCAUUUAUAAGCCUUAAAGACUUUAAAGAUAUGAAACAGACUCUUGGAAAUAAUAUUACCGUGCAAAUGUAUUCUCCAUCAUGGCCUAACUUUGACUAUACUAUGGUGGUUAUUUUUAUAAUUGCUGUGUUCACGGUGGCAUUAGGAGGAUACUGGAGUGGACUAAUUGAAUUGGAAAACUUGAAGGCAGUGACAAACAUUGAAGAUGGAGAAAUGAGAAGAAAAAAGGAAGAAUAUUUAACUUUUAGUCCUCUUACAGUUGUAAUAUUUGUGGCCAUCUGCUGUGUUAUGAUGGUCUUACUUUAUUUCUUCUACCAAUGGUUGGUUUAUGUUAUGAUAGCAAUUUUCUGCAUAGCAUCAGCAAUGAGUCUGUACAACUGUCUUGCUGCACUAAUUCGUAAGAUUCCAUGUGGACUAUGCACGAUUGUGUGUCAUGGCAAAAGCAUUGAAGUAAGACUUAUUUUUCUCUCUGGACUGUGCAUAGCAAUAGCUGUUGUUUGGGCUGUGUUCCGAAAUGAAGAUAGGUGGGCUUGGAUUUUACAGGAUAUCUUGGGAAUUGCUUUCUGUCUGAACUUAAUUAAAACACUGAAGUUACCCAACUUCAAGUCCUGUGUGAUACUUCUAGGCCUUCUUCUCCUCUAUGAUGUGUUUUUCGUUUUCAUAACCCCAUUCAUCACAAAGAAUGGUGAGAGCAUCAUGGUUGAACUUGCAGCUGGACCUUUUGGAAAUAAUGAAAAGAAUGAUGGAAACUUGGUGGAAGCCACUGCUCAACCCUCAGCUCCCCAUGAGAAAUUACCAGUAGUCAUCAGGGUACCAAAGCUGAUCUACUUCUCAGUAAUGCGUGUGUGCCUCAUGCCAGUUUCAAUAUUGGGUUUUGGAGACAUUAUUGUACCAGGCCUGUUGAUUGCAUACUGUCGAAGAUUUGAUGUUCAUAUUGGUUCUUCUUCUAUAUACUAUGUUACCUCUACAAUUGCCUAUGCUGUUGGCAUGAUACUUACAUUUGUUGUUUUGGUGCUGAUGAAAAAGGGGCAACCUGCUCUCCUCUAUUUAGUACCUUGUACCCUUAUUACUGCCUCAGUUGUUGCUUGGAGACGUAAGGAAAUGAAAAAGUUCUGGAAAGGUAGCAGCUAUCAGAUGAUGGAUCAUACGGACUGUGCAACAAACGAAGAAAACCCUGUGAUGGCUGGUGAUCAGAUUAUCCAACAAUAAUGUUAUGUGGACCUGCAAUAAUGUGUCAUUCAUUUUCUACAAAUAGAGUUCAACUUUUUAAAUCGACUUUUGAAUUGACAAUCUGAAAAAAAUCUUCAAUAACAUGCUUGCAAAUAUAUAUUUUUUAUGAGCUGGUACUGACAAUUACAGCAUAAGUAAUUAAAAUGCAUUUGCUUUUAACAAUGUUAAAGUUGUGCCUUCACACUAAAUAAGCAUAUGGUCUGUGUAAUUUUCAAGGUGUAUUAUUUACAGUAUAUUUUUCUAAAAAAUGUCUUUAGCCAUCUCUACACUUUUCUGACUGAAAUUUGUUUCUUUUAACUCUGAUAGAUAAAAGUAUUUGUCAAAGUGAGUUUCUGAACAAAUUUUACUGUUAAAGAAUUAUGCAAAUUUUAUCUGCGCUAUAGAAAUAACUGUUUAAGAUUGUACAAGAAGGCAGUUCAACAGUAUUAUGAAAAUUUGGACCUUUAUCACUGCGAGGUUAGAAAUAUAUAAAUUUGGGAAUAAAGUAUAAAUACAUAUUUUUGUAGUGUUAGUUUAAAAACCCUGGUUCUUUUUUAAAUUGAGAACAUAAAUUACUUUGGAUUGUAUACAUAUUAUAUUAGAACGUUUUUCCAGGUAUAGAGAAACAUAAUGCAUAAAACUAGUCAUUAAGAGGACAAAAACCCUGAAAUCCAUAGUUUUUAGUGGUCUGCUGUUUCCUUAAAACUAUAACUUAAAUUUACGUACUCACAUUUGAUUUGACUAUGGUAUAUCUGUUCUUUCAGGUUUGGUUCUAUUGAUGUCAAGGUUUGGCCUUUUUUAAAAAUUACUUUUCUUAUCAUAAUUAAUACAUAUGGCUCAUUAAGUGUAAGUCCCUAACAAGUUUUUUGCAGUCCUCUCCCCCCACUUCUUUCCCCAUAGGUAAACCCCUAUUAACCUCUUAAUAUUUUGGUGGAGGAUGGUUUACUAAUAUACAAAGUGUGGUUCAUAGGAAAGAAUUGGAAACAAAAGUCAGGAGACUGAGUGUUGGUCUCAGUUUAAUUAUGAUAAUAGAAGAGCUUGAGUAAUUUGCCUCAGAUCAAGACACUUUAUCAUAGUUUUCUCAUAUGUAAAAUGAAUAAGUCCCUCUGGUAUCCUCCAGCUUGAAACAUCUUUUUCUCAUUCUUUGCUAAAUUUUAGAUGUGGCCCUGAACCUGCUCCUGAGAAUCAGAGGUCAAUUUAUCUUCCCAUUUUCUUUUUUCUUUUUUCUAAAAUCCCCACAUGACAAGGAUUUGUCAUGCAGGCAGCAGGAUUUUGCAUUUCUCUGUAAAUACUGUACAAAAUAUGUGAACAAAUCUGUGAUCUUUCAUUCUAAGUUUAAUUUAUCUUACUAAAAGAUAAAACUAAUGUCUUUUAAAAUGGAUCAGAUCUUGGAUGCUUGUACUAAAUUUAAUUUGAGGCAGUUUGAUGUUUUUGUUUAAUUGUUAAUUUUUGCUACUUAACUAAAUUGCAAAUGGAGAAGCUUCCUUGACAGCUCCUCUUUCUAUUUUAUACACUUAUGGAUCCAUAUAGGUUUGUGGCAGAUUACUUAUUUGACAAGUAAGGGUUAAUUUUAAUCUUACCUUCAUAAUAUCAAGUUUGAAUUUUUUCCAGAGAAUCUAAUUUUAUUUGGCAGACUGUGAUAGAGAAAAGAACAGAUUAAAUGCCAUUUUAAAGCUCCAACUAUAUUUUUGUUUAUAAUAUAAAUAAGAUGUUUGCCAGAAUAUAGCUUUUAUAGUGAAAUUAUCUGCAGUCUCAUCCUAACUUUAUAAUUCCCAUUUUAUGAUGAAUGUUAAUGAAAAAUACUGGGAUAUUCUUGUACUACAUUGAAAUAAAACAGUUUCUCAAAAUAAUUUUAUUUCAUAUAACUAGAAUAGUAGUUAUUAAUAUUUUAAUUUCUAAAUCUAGGCUUUGCUUCAGAAUAGUGUAUUAUCAUGUAUAUCAAGAAAUUUGAAACUGAGUUCUUUAUACAAUUAUUUAUAUCCAACCAUUAGAUUUCAAAGAGGUAAAAUCUUGUUCUAGUAUGCCAUUAAAAUCUUAUUGCUUAAAUAGAUAUGACAUAAAAAUGAAAUUCCUUAACUUUCUUCAUCCUCAGUGUCAAUUUUAUAUUAUACUUAAUCCUUUUAGCAACUUAGCUGAAAAUGAUUAUUUAGAGAAAUUAAAGUGCAGAAAUAUUUUUGGGAAACUCCAAAGUGGACAAAGGUAGGAGAAAUGAAAAUUUGGCUUUAAAAGGCAGUAUCAUCUUCUCUUCCUUCUCUUCUUCCUUCCCCCAUCCAGUAACUUUAAAGGGACUAGAAGUUCUUUUUUCCUGAACAUGUCUUAAAAACAAGAUAUAUUGUAUUUAUUAACACUUACUAGGGAAAAAUCAUUUUUAUCACUUCUUAGUUCCCUAUAAAUAUUUUUAUAGCUUAUCAAAGAGGAAUUACUAAAUAUCAUUAAGUUGUACAAAUUGUAGUAUAGACUUUAUUUCAAUUUAAUUCAGCAGAGAUCAGUAUGUGAGGUUUUUUAGGGAAGGACCUUGAUAAUCUAAUACACUAUAUUUUGUCUACUUGUAUAAAAUUUUUUAGAUGAGCAGUUCCUUAGUGGUAGAGUCUGAGAUUUAUUUCUCUUUUUAAGGAAGAGAAUGUUAACCUGUCUCCUGUUGGGAUUCAUAAAUUUUAGUUAGAUGUCCAUAGAGAUGUUGGCGGAAUGUGCAUUUAUAAGAAAUACAAAUGAGCUUUUCAGUUUUCCUUUCUCUUUCAGUUUUUGACUUAGGUAUUAACAAAACUUAUUUUGAUAUUUGAUUUAAAAAUAUUUGAACUAACCUAUUUAAACUUGGUCUCUAAAAUGUCAGCCUGAUUUCAGCCAAUGAGAUUUCAAAAACACAUGAAUUGCCCAUCAACAGGGAAAAAAGGUUGAAUUUACUCAACAUGAUACCAAAUAACCUAUUAUACAAUUUAAAAAAAACGUAGCGUCCUGUUGACUGCAGAGGAUAAUUCUAAAAGGAGUUGGGGGAGAGUAAUAGAAAUGAAAUCAAGAUACUGAAUAUGGAUCACUUUAUACUUCGUGGAAGAAAGAUUAAUUCAAGAGAUCUGAAUCAAAAUAAUCAACCUUUUGGAAUUUGAUCUUCUACUUUAGUACUUAUGUUCUAGAUUACUGAACUUUCAGAGUAAAAAAAUGAUUUAAUGAAUAAUAUACAGGCCAUAUAAUAGUGGAGACCAUAAAUGUAAAUUUUCUUGUUUAAUGUUUCCAUACCUUAGGACAGUUUUUGUAUCUAUAAAGAUGUUCGUUGGGGGAAGAAUUAAUUUUAAAAAUAAAUUUUUUAGCAUAUUCCCCCAUUAUUGACAAUUAAGGGAUAACCAAAAAAAUGUAGAAAAUUUAAUAAUGUCAUAUGGUCCUUUGGUUAGGCAUAAAAAGUAUUAUAGACAAUGUGUCUAUUCCUUUGGAAUACAGAUUUUUUUUUUUUUUUUUUUUUUUUUUUUUUUUAGUGUCAGGUCUAUCUGGUUAGCCCAGAGCAUUUUACAAUAGGACAAGUCAAUGUAAUUAGGUAAUUUUUUUGCAUAUUUUAUACCUUCUGUUCUAUUUUGUUUAAAUGUAAACCUUUUUAAAAAAUAUGUAUGAUUCAAUUUUUACUUAGAUUUGUUUGAAUGUGGGAUUCUUUUUUUUUUUAACACUUUCACAUGUAAUUUAGUGUAAAUUAAUACUUUUUUAACACUACUAGGCUUUAUUUUGUUAUGGAACGUGAUUUAAAAUUAAAUUUUUGAAGUGCUUUAAACUGUCUUCAUUAUGUGCCAACACUG